UAUUUACAAUCAACCACUUCGCAAAUUUUUCGCCACAAUUCGGGUAGGAUCACAUUCCUGAAGAUUGAUAGACAAGCACAUCGAUUGGAUAAAAUAUUCUUAUCUCCCUUCUCGGGGUUUGCCUGAGCUGGCCUGGUCAAUGUCCUCUUCAUCUGGCGGCCUGACACUGCCCGACGAAAUAUUGUCUGUGGUAUGUGAAGAACUCGGUCGCGAGGGCGACUUUAGGACUCUCUACCGAUGCGCUCGAAGCUCAAAGUCGUUGGCAGAUCCGGCCCUCAGGACCAUGUACCAACAGCAUCAGACAUCUCCAGUCUUCGAGCAACGGGAUGACCUAGAAGUCCGUCAGAAGGCGGUCGACUACACUACUAGAGCUGCUGAGCAAACCCAAACCUUCCGGAAGUGGACUGUCCUGUGGCGCUCAAUCGUACUGUCUAGUCUCGAUGAUUUUACUACCUAUAAGCCAUACUGCCGCUACAUCAAGGCACUAGAUUUCCGCAAUCUGUCGGCCAUGCUAGACGACUACAAGUUCACAGGCCCCAUUCGCAAAUCAUUUUUUGCUGGCCGUCUCCAACCCUUUCAUUUUCCCAAAAAGGAGUUCGCCAGGCAGACCGUGGAUGUCAUCGCUACCGUCAAUGCCAUUGGAGAAGCAGUCACUGAGAAGGCGACCUUGCUAGAGGAGAUUGACGGGCACAUCAGUCCUGGAUUCUUACCGAGGUGGAUAUCCCGGUCUCGGAAACUGCAAACAUUGGUCUUGUGGAAAGGGGACGCUCUUGCCAGUGGUGCAGGUGCCGCCAUUGCUGAGCAUUGUGAACAUUUCAAGAGCCUGACGAUACACGAAUGGAGAUCCGCGGACGCGGAUGAUGCUUUUGCGACUUUCCUGGACGAGCUAAACCCGGACACAUUGAGCUACUUUGAAAUGAUCAGCUACAACGACCUAGGAAGACGGUCCUUUGAGGCGUUGGGACGUCACAGGACGCUACAAGAACUAGAUUUGAGCAAUCUCAAUCAAGAGGCCAUGCAGAACCUGAACGCGCUCAAGGGAUGCACCGAGAUACGCACACUCAAGCUCGACGAUAGUGCUGGAAAUGUCCAGCUAGAAGCCAGGAACCAUGACGUUUUCAUUGAAGUGGUGGGAUGGCUCAGCUCCUGUCGGAACCUGCGGGAUCUCACCCUCAAGAACUUUUUCGAUGGUCCUGCCAUCCUUGCCCAGGUCCUGUAUUCACCCGGUGUGAAACUGAGCAAGCUAUCUCUGGAAGGGUAUUCUGUUCGAUAUACCAGUGCACGGCUAUUCCACAGUGCGCUUGCUGAGCAGAGCAGUCUGGAAUCAGUGUGGCUCAAGGGCAACGGUGAAGAUACCACUCCUGAUGACCUUCAAAUAAUGGUUCAAGGUUUGUGCAAUAUGACAAAUCUGCGGGAGCUCGUCCUCAAAGACGUGUCGGAUGAGUUUUCGGAAGAGCACAUCAUCGCCCUUGCCCUGAGCCUCCCACUGCUUGAAGACUUCUGGACCAGUGGCGAAGAAGUCUCAGCUGAUAUUCUGCCCGCACUCCUCAAUUUGAAGUAUCUGAAGAAUCUGACGCUGUACGCAAUGACCCAGUUCCCAGCGGAUGCCCUGAUCGACUUCAUAACGAACCUUGACCCGGUGACUCAGAAAGGGUUCAACUUGUCUUUGAUGGCCUCGCAUCCGGAAUUUGAUCUGACCGACGGGGAGCAAGACCUAAUUCGUGACUGCAUUCGGACACACCUUGACGGUCGAUUUGACUUUGUCCUGUGGCGUGACGCCGAUACCAGCGACAGUGACGAAGACUGAAUGAUGCACUAGCCUCGUGCCAAUAAUGUCAAAAAUCACGUCGCCGACGCCUCUGAUGCCUUGAUCAGGGCUCCUUCCAGUACCUGACAGAAGUGGAACACGUCCACGGAGGAGUUGUAUAGGGGUGCUGGUGCGACUCUGAUGACGUCCGGUUUUCUUUCAUCAACGACAAUGCCUUGGUGC